CUGCUUGGAUUCAACGUGCUCAGGACAUGGAGCAUGCGUGAAAGGUCAAUGUCUAUGCAAAAUUGGAUGGCGGGGUAUUAAUUGCAGUGAAGCUGAUGGCAGACUCAGUCGAUGUUUUCCAGACUGUUCUUCGCACGGUGUUUUUGAUCUGGAUACAGAACAAUGUAUCUGUUUUGAUCACUGGACAGGAGCUGACUGCUCUAAAGCCAAGUGUAGUCUCGAUUGUGGGAUUCAUGGUCGAUGCGAGGAAGGACGUUGUCACUGUGACCAGGGUUGGGCAGGUCACAGGUGUGACCAACGUACGUGCGACCCGCGUUGCCUGGAGCAUGGUCAGUGUAACAACGGAACUUGCGUCUGCAUUCAAGGAUGGAUGGGAAGACACUGCACUCUAGAUGGGUGUCCCAGGACUUGCAAUAAUCAUGGGCAAUGCUCCAAAGACGCGAAUGUUUGGUCAUGCAGGUGCCAUGAAGGAUGGGGUGGACAUGACUGCAGCGUACCUCAGGAAACGAACUGCAAUGAUGAAAUUGACAAUGAUGCUGAUGGCCUGGUAGACUGUGCUGACAGCGAAUGUUGUAACAAAGGUCAGUGUCAGGACAGUUUAAUGUGCAUGUCUUCUCCGGAUCCUUUGGACAUCCUCCUCCGGAAACAGCCCCCAGCAGUUACUGCUUCCUUCUACCAAAAAAUGAAAUUUCUCAUUGAGGAACAGAGUGUUCAAAGUUACGCCCAUAAAGAUGAAUAUUCUGAAAGCCAGUUCUGGAGUGCCUUCGUCAAGAGCCGAGUUUCAGUUAUCCGAGGAAGAGUGGUCAGUAGAGAAGGCAACGGACUUAUCGGUAUUAGAGUCAGUGUUGCCACUGACCCUCAGUUCGGAUUCACCCUCACAAGAAGCGAUGGUUGGUUUGAUAUCCUAGUUAAUGGUGGUGGUGCAGUGACACUGCAGUUUCAGCGGAAUCCAUUCCAUCCUAUCAAACGAACUGUCAUGGUACCUUGGAAUACUGUCAUGGUGAUGGGACCCGUUGUAAUGUCUGCUACUGUUGAAACCGAAGUACAGGAAGAUUUGUUGCAGCAGCAGGAACCUUGCUUGGAGCAUGACUAUGAUCUGAUGAAGCCAAUCGUAUACCAGACUUGGCGAUCAGGAUCUCAAGGGGCAUGCACAGAAAACAGCGCUAUUAUGGCUGAAACUCAGGUGUUGCAAGAGAGCUUUUCCAUACCCGGGUCGGAUCUACACCUAGUUUACCACAGUAGCCAUGCCCAAGGCUAUCUAUCAACCAUACACCUCCAGCUAACUCCAUCCAGUGUGCCGGAGACGCUCCGAUUGGUCCAUUUAAGGAUUGUCGUGGAAGGAUUUUUAGUAGAGAAAACUUUUGAAGCAGAUCCAGAUAUCAAGUACACUUUUGCAUGGAAUAAAAGAAAUGUAUACAAACAAAAAGUAUACGGCCUUACUACUGCAAGAGUUUAUGUUGGAUACAAGUACAGCAGUUGCGAACGCGUUGUCUGGACUGUGCAAGCAAGUACUCUCAGGGGUUAUGACAUGGACAUCUCGGAGCUCGGAUCUUGGAAUCUUGACGUCCAUCAUAGAUAUAAUUUCCACGAAGGAGUGCUACAAAAGGGUGACGGGGCCACAAUAUACUUCCGUCAGCAGCCAAGGGUGAUAUCCAUAUUGAUAGGCAACGGACAGCCGCGUCCACUUCAGUGCCCUGACUGCAAUGGUCUUGCCAGGGAUAAUAAAUUGCAUUCUCCAGUCGCCCUUGCAAGUGGCCCGGAUGGAAGUGUGUAUGUCGGAGAUUUCAAUCUUGUGAGACGGAUCACACCCAAUGGCCAAGUAUACACAGUGUUCAGAAUGAAGACAUCAGAUGUUUCAAGCCAGUAUCAUCUUACACUGAGCCCAACGGAUGGACAUUUGUAUAUUUCAGCUCCCGAGCAUCAUAAAAUUUUGAGGGUGCAUUCAUUAGACAAAGUUGAAGAUCCUGAUUCAAAUUUUGAUGUCGUCGUUGGAAGCGGGGUUAGAUGUCUUCCAAGAGACCGCAAUAAUUGUGGAGAUGGUAAACCAGCUUUAGAGGCUUCCCUGGCCUAUCCAAAAGGUAUGGCGGUUGCUGUAGAUAAUACGCUGUACUUUGCGGAUGGACCAAAUAUCAGAAUUGUAGAUAAUAAGGGAAUUAUCCAUACUCUUAUUGGAGAUCAUCAUCAUAAAAAACAGUGGAAACCUAUACCUUGCUCUGGAACCUUGAAAAUGGAAGAGGUCAAACUUCGAUGGCCAACGGAUUUAGCAAUCAAUCCUUUGGAUGGAGCUUUGUACUUCAUAGAUGAUCACAUGGUGCUUAAACUGACACAUGACAAACGUGUGAUGGCUGUUGCUGGACAACCAGCGUAUUGCAAGACUUCUAGUACCAAUCUGCACAAAUCACGGAUGACUGGCGAAACUGCUUUGGGUUCCCUUAUAAGUUUUACUUUUGGACCGACUGGAGAACUUUACAUUGCUGAAGUUGACUCAAAAAAUGUGAACAGGGUAAGGAGACUUAGCCCAGAUGGCGAACUACUGCAUUUCGCUGGAAAAGAAGAUGGAUGUCUCUGUGAGUGGCAUAACUGCACUUGCGCAGUAGAAGAUGAAGGUUUCCUAGCAAUGGAUACGAAGCUCUUCGCUAUUUCAUCUUUGACCGUAACAAGUGAUGGAGUUGUCCAUAUCGCUGACCAAGGAAGCUUGAGAAUCUUGUCCGCGAUCCCAUAUUUGCCCCAACCCGAUGAGCAGUUUGAAUUUCAGAUCGCUUAUCCUGACAAUCACGAAGUGUAUGUAUUCAAUAAAUAUGGCCAGCAUUCUGUCACUCGCAGUAUAUUAACCGGCAAGACUGUGUACACUUUUCUGUACAAUGUAAAUACGAGUUUUGGUAAGCUGAAUGCAGUUACAGAUGCGUCUGGCAAUAAAGUAUCUUUCCUCAGAGAUUCUGGUAACAGCUUGCAUACAAUCGAAACAGCAAGAGGAACCAAAUGCCGAGUACAAGUAACUAAACAAGGGCUUCUGGAGACAAUCGUAGAUCCAGACAGCUUAAAAAUAAAGUUUCAGUAUGAUGCCAUCGGUCUUCUAACGAGCCGAUCUGAUGCAGCUGGACGAUCAUUCUUCUAUGUUUAUGACGAGAAUGGAAGACUCACUGAUGUUGUGAAGCCCAGCGGACAGGUAACAAAACUGUCAUUCGAUCUCAGUCCAGAGGGUGCAUCAGUAUUCUCCCACGAUGAAGAGAAAGACAGCCAACUGGUGGUCACUGUCAAAGGAACUACUGUUAUAUCCACUCAAAGCGGAGUUCCUAUACAGGCCACUUUGCAUCAAGAUGGAGCCAUUGAAGUUGAAACACCGUGGCAAGUUGGACUGGUCUGGGAACCAGCAUCUCACUACGUUCUGCAAGAAAUACUGCCUGUACAGGCCGGAAUGUUCCCAUUACCGGUACGACAGACAACAUACGUUGGUAUGGAAGCAGCCAAUGUUGUUGAAUGGAGAUACGAUGUUAAAUACAACAGGAAAGAAAGGUCCCGUGUAGAAAGAAGUAUAUCAGCCGUCGAAAGAGUACUAAUGGCCAACGAUAUUCAGUAUAUAACUAUGGAAUAUGACUGGGUAGCAGCAAGAGAAAUACUGUACAAUAGCUCGCGCAGGCCGUUUUUGGUCAUCCAGUACGACAGCUUUACUAGACCUAUCCAGUGGUUACCAACAGAAACCAGGUUGCCUCUCAAUGUAAUGUAUGACAGACUGGGACGUUUGUCUGGUUGGCAGCAAGGACCCUUAUCUGAAAGCUUUGGGUAUGAUCGUAUGAGUCACUUGGCAGAAAUCAAAUACCCGGAUGGAUCAGCAAUGAGAUUCAGCUACGAUGGAAAAACGAUGCCAAGCAAAGUUGUGCUUCCAAGCGGUAGACGAUUUACAUCCCAUUACGACCAAAAUGGUGGACUUAAGUUUGUGACUACUCCAAAAGGAACUCGGCACUCCUUUUUAACUUUAAUUUCUAUUGGAUUUUAUAAGUUUUUCUACAUUCCCCCGGGAAAUAGUGGUCCAUUCGUCAUCCAUUUCAAUGAUUUCAAGCAGCCUGUGAUGAAAAUAUUUCCUGGAGAUCAAGGUAGAGUUCUUUACAGAUACAACAAUCAGACACUCCUUAGUGCCAUAAUUUUUGGUGGAGGAAAAGUCGAGAAAAAUUACAGCUCUUCUGGAUUUUUAUCAUCCGAAUCAUCAAGUACUUUAGAAAUAGAUAUCAGAAGUGAAUACAGCUAUGACGGUGCUUUGUUGACUACCUGUAAAAUAUAUUAUAUAAGCCAGUUCCAUUUGACUAAUGCUAUUUUACAUUACCAGUACGAUAAAUUUUUCCGAAUCAAAAGUAUUUUGUUCCGCAUUGGAAGUCUUCAACUACCUACCAUAGAAUAUUACUAUAAUCCAAAAACUGGAAGACGAGAACAGAUUGGAGACUUCAGGCUUUACGAAAAGAGCUUAAACGAAACAGUUUUAUCUGAUGGUACUGCUUCUAUUACGAGGCAAUUUGAUGCCUUGCACAGAUUUCGACAAGUAUCCUUGGUCAUAGCCGACAAGGAGGUUUUCCGUAUGGACAUUCAAUAUGACAACCGAAAUUUUGUGACUCAAUCGCGAACGUACAUGACACAUUUGGGGAAACCAAAAAUGCGGCUGCAAAACUUUUCUUAUGACAAUGAGGGACAACUUGUGGAAAUGGUUGGAAGAGAUCACUGGAAAUUUACGUAUGAUCCAAAUGGUAAUUUAGUGACUAUGCAAUAUAUGGGUAAUCGUAUAGACAUUCUUCAUGACGUUGGAGAUAGGAUUGUUAGCUUUGGCGAAACGCCGUAUGUAGUAGACGGGCGAGGAUUUGUGAUUCAACGAGGAGAAGAAAGCUUUGCUUAUAAUACGAAAGGACAAUUAACUAAAGCCUCUCGUAAUGGCAGAUAUGAUGUAGAAUAUUACUAUAAUACGAAAGGUAUGAUAUCAGUAAGAAAAGAUAAUUUUGGAAAUGUUACUCAGUUCUUUUAUGCUGAUUUGUCGCACCCUGACCAAGUGACUCACACCUAUAAUAAUAAUGAUGGAAAAAUUACUUCAUUUCUCUACGACGACCGUGGCUUCUUGAUAUUUCUUAUUGUCAACAAAGAAAUGUACUAUGUUGCUUCUGAUCAAAGUGGAACUCCUUUGUUUGUUUUUGACCGUAAAGGAGAAAUCGUCAAAGAAAUCAGCAGAGGACCUUAUGGUCAUAUUUUAUUUGAUUCAAAUCCUCACUUUUCUUUGCCAAUAGAUUUUCAAGGAGGCAUUUGCGAUCCCUUGACAGGAAUGCUUCACUUCGGGGAGAUGGUAUACGACUCAUUAGCUGGGCAGUGGCUUACUCCAAGAUGGGAUGAAAUUUUGUACCAUGUGACAAACCCUCAGCACCUACAUUUAUACCGUUUCAAUAAAAAUGAUCCUAUCAACAGCGAUAAGAAGAUGAAAAAUAAAUUAGAUCUCACAGCCUGGAUUAAAAGUCAAGGUAUAGAUAUAGACAGCUUAGAUUUAGCGGCUGAUUCCAUUUUUCACAAAAUCUAUGACAAGGAAGCAAUGCCUCUUUUCCUUGAUAUGCCAUCAGUGCCACUUGUAUCUGGAUUUGCAUGUGCAAUACGCCAAAAACUGGAAAGCUUCGCUUCCUUAACAAGUGUAGCAAGGCCAAAGGUCAAACGAGAGCAGCUCUUCGAAACUGUCCUUCCAAAAAUCAGCACAAUGAGCGUUCCGUUCGGUUCAGGGAUUACCGUAUCACGCAUUGGUGAGAGGGCUUUAGUACGAGUCUCUAACGAAGCUGAUAACAUCAGGAGAGAUGUAUUUACCUCUGUUUUUAACAAUUCUUAUUUGUUGGAUCUCCAUCUUGUUAUGCAUGGUCAAGACGUAUUCUACUUUGUUAAGGAUAGUGCUUGGAGAUUUGUCGAUGACUUGAACCAACUGCAGAGACUUGGAACAGCUAUCAACACUACAGUUCAUGAAUCUAAACCUGAAGAUGUUGAUGUCAGAGUCCAUUCAGAGCAUGCUAUACUGAACAUUCGAUAUGGAACGAAUCCACACAAGGAAAGGCAGAGACUUUUGAGACAUGCUAAGAAACACGCUGUCGGCCAACGAUGGGCUCAGGAGAGACAAAUUAUUUUAACCAGCCAAAGAGGAUCCCAGAAAUGGUCUGAAAAGGAAAAGGAACAUAUUCUUUCAACCAGUUCAGUACCCGGUUAUAGAGGGGACUAUUACCAUGACGUUGAGCUGUACCCGGAUCUUGCUGAUGAUCCUGCUAACAUCGUGUUUCAUAAGUCAAAUCAGAAACAAAGGUGACCGCCUUAUCCAAAAACCGCAUAAAUAUCCUAAACGUAACCCCCUGUGUAUCCAAAAAGAAUUUACCGUUAAUGCUGCUAUUCAAGUUUAAAAAUCUCCUCUUAAAUUAUACUACAAAUUCUUGAACUUAAUGUGUUUAUCAUUAUCAAGUACAUGUGAGCAUAAAACACAGAGCAUAAAUCCCAUGAUGCGGAUCAUUUCUUUGUGGAAUAGUUUCAUUUCAUCUUAUAUUAUUGAACAAUGAGAGUACAUUAUGCGAUAUAACACUUAAAAUAUGGAAAAUAUAAAAAAUUUUACGAUUGUUUAAAUUACGGAGUUUACCAUUGAGAUAUUAACCCAUGUAUACUACAUAUUUUCACAGAAAGAGAAAAUUUCACUCUAUUGAGGUAUCUUAUGUUGUUAUCACUCUCGAUCGUAAAAAUACAAUACAGUUAACUUCUUACACAUAUAAUAUUUUCUAAGAGCUUCCCAAUGUUAAAAAAAUUGAAUGAGGUAAUUGGUUGUUAUUCGAACAAAAUUCAAUAAAAAUAAUUGGUAUGUGAACCUUUUAUGAAGAACUAUUCCAUACACAACUUAACGUUAUUUCAGAACAACAGCUGUUGUUAGGACAAUCUGAUAUUAUGAAACCUCAUAUCUAAUGGUUGCUCGGGAUAUUUGAAAAUUUACGUCAUUUUUCUUUGAUCCAUGUAUUUUCAAAUGUCUUGCAUAGAAGUUAAUCGAUGAUAAUCACUACAUUUGAACUCAGCGUAAGGACAAUUAGUAAUGGAUUAAUAAGGGCGUCUUCUAAACUGGGGUUCCCCCUGGUCCCCCCCCCUCUUCACUGCAGGCAUCAGUGGAAGCAAAAGACAAUGAAAGUUAAAAACCAAAAAGUAUAUUGCCAUGUGCUAUGUGCAUACAAAAGAGUAUUAGAAAAUAAAAAGCUAGUUUAAAGCUUUUUAUUUCAUAGAGUCAGCAAAUGAGCUUGAAAUGCAAAUGUUUCUAAGCUGAAUCUUUUGUAAUAUAAAUGAACUGAAAUGUGCAAAGUUCUUUUAGGAUGCCGAAAUUUUAGAGGUAAAACUGAGCUUGGAGCUUAAGACCGUAUAGGAAAAAUUUUGUGUGUACAAAAAUUUAUGUGUAAUCCCGGUAUAGCAUAUAAAAGGCUGUGUUCGGUGUUUCUGGUGAUUCCACACAAUAAAUUGCACGAGAUUUUAACUUUAUGCUGGAGUCAACUGCUAUAUCAAAUGAAAUACGUUUUAUAACACCAUCCAAAGAUUUAUUUGGGCAAUUUCUAAAUUCUGAAAUGCGUGUUGCAGUUCACAUACCUCAACAAUGUGAGUUUUGCAUUAUUUUUGCUAUGUUCAAUAGUCGAAUAACGUAUUGAUUGAUUUUUUUUUCAUGAUUAAUUUGUAACAGAAUUAUGUAUGCGCAUGUUUAAUACUAAAUUUAUCCAAAUAUUACGGAUGUAUUGCUUUAACGUAUUUCUGCUUUAUUUACUUUACUACUUACUUAUUUACUAGAAACAUUAUACCUAAAUAUUAACAUUUGUUAAUGUACUGACUAAAGAUGUUUUGAAGAUGUGUUUUCCCUACACUUUGUAAGUCUGUUAAGUAAUACGUAUUUUGUGUUUUGCAUUUUACAACAUUUUAGUUUAAAUGACAAAAUUUAUCGCAGUGUUUCCAUUGUUACUAUGUAGACGUGAUAGUUUUAAUGUUUACUGAGUGCUACACUAAUUUUGUAUUUGUAACUAAUCGAUUUUGAAAUAAAAACUCAUAUGCUUCACGAGAGUUAAUGGAUUUUUGCUGUAACAGAGAACUUUAUUUUUUGAGUAUUUGAUUCUUUAUCCCCUACACAACUGUUUUAUUUUCUUAAAUGAUCAAAAUUUUAAGUUACCUUCUUCAUAGCAAAAGUUGAUUUAAAUACAUGCGUGAAACAAACUGCACUCUUAAGUUUAUGGUGGAUAAAUGCAUAAAAUGAAGAAUUUGCAGAAAAGGCAUGCAUUUCUUUUUUCAUUAGCCUUAUAUAAGCAAUGAGAAAAUUUAUCAAAAAGGAAUUUUUAUUUAAAUGCAGUUUUAUUCAAAUACCUCAAAUCCGACAUUGAAAGGUAUACUUUUAAAUGCUCAAUUCUGGAUUUUAUUUUACAUGCGAAUAAUACGUAAAGUAAUAAGGCGAGUUAUUUUGUGUAUUUCUAAUUUAUUAAAUUCUUUUAUGCAUAUUAAUAUUAUAGAGCAUUUUUGAGCGAAAUUAUGCAGUAUAAUAAUUAUAAAUCAAAUUAAGUAAUAAUGCAUCUAUCGACUGAAAACUAUUACCUUUAUUGUCUCUAAUAUUUUCUUCCCUAUUAACUUGUACUCAAAAGAAGUGCAGUGUUAUUGCGUUAUUCAUAGUUAUAUGUAGAAAAUACAACCAUGUUUGAUUGUUAUUUAUAAGAGUUCCUUUUAUUUACGAGAAGAGAAUAUUUCUCUGCAAAAUGUUCCGUGAUAAUUUAAUGAAAUUUCUUAUCUGAAAAUCUUUCUUGAAUAUCUAUACUCGGUACCAAUUACAUUUGUAAUUGGUUUACAUUAUGUAAAAUUGUUCUUCUAUUUUAUUCAGAUUUUACUCAGUGUUCGGUGAUAUUUAACAUAAAUACCUUAAAUAAAACUUUCUGUUCACUUCAGAGAAAUAUCUGAGAAUUAAUUUUGUACCAUAUCUCUUUCGGGUUGUUAUGUUAUAUAUAGCAUAAAAUCCAAUUUUCUGUUUUAAUCAUAGAAAAUAUAUAAAUCGAAAAAAGCUGCACACAUCCUAAAUGCUCUUUUUUUGUACGAACCUACUUGCAGUUAUUAUAUUCAGUUUAAAACUGCAAUUAAAUUAUGAUAUUUAUUCAAUUCAAGAAAUGAAUGAUGUACAUAGCAACAAAAAUAUUACUGUAAUACUUUGUGAGUGACAUGAAAUUGUGAUGAAAACAGCAUGAAAGUUUACAUGCGAUGUGUAUUGUUGCUGUAUGUAAUGACAAUAAAAAUAAAACUGGAGAUAUUAAUAAUA